UCCGGAGUUCGAAUAUUUUUGGUGUCACUGUCCCAUCUUUUACAAGUAAAGUUGGAUUAGUGAGAAAAUCUGGGCAGCUCCUCUUCUCAAAGAAAUUCUAGAGAAAUGAAAAAGUUCUCUUUGCAAAAUUCUAAGUGUUAAAAAUCAAUUCUAAUAUUCAGUCAUUCGCUGAUGUUCAAGCUACUCAGACAGUCCACCCAAAUAUUCCAAUAUUUAAAUAGAGCCUCUCUACCAAUACAAUCUUGUGUUACCUCAAGCCGAUAUAACUCCCGAACGUUCUUUACAACCAGUUCAAAUAUGAGUAGUCUGAUGAAGCUAAAGUCUUUUGUGAGUAUUCUUGAAUCCAUUGCUCCUACUAAUGCUGUACCAGAAUGGGACAAUGUAGGCCUGUUAGUUCAUCCAUCAUCUGCUUCUAAUGUCAGCCAUAUUUUCAUGACUAUCGAUCUAACAGAAGAGGUAUUAGAAGAAGCUCUGGAGUGUAGUCAGAGUGGAGAGAAGGUUGAUAUGAUUAUUUCUUAUCAUCCUCCAAUCUUUAAACCUUUUAAAAGGCUCACCCAGUCCUCGGCUAAGGAGAGGAUUAUCUUGAAGUGUAUUGAAUCAGGUAUUGCAGUUUAUUCUCCUCAUACAGCUCACGACUCAAUUUGGGGUGGUAUCAAUGACUGGAUUCUAAAAGCCUUCAAUCAAGGGACUGUCCAUCCUAUAUCCUACAAUCAGAGCCCUGAUAAGCAGCCAAUUGAGCUUCUUGUUUCAUCUUUUUCCAAUAAAACAGAAGCAAAUGAAGUUGCUAAGAGUAUCAUUGCUAGUGGGAAUGUCACUGGGGAUAAUAUGGAGAUACUUGUCACUGAGAACCUCUCUGGUAUCAGCUCUUAUAAGUUAAAGUGUUCAGUGACAGAGACUGCUGUUAAGCCAUUGAUGCCAAUGUUAAUGAAGGAUUGGCCACAAUACAAGAUUUCAAUGUCUCCUUCACCCAAGAUCCCUAGUAUUGGGCCGGGAAGAUUUAUAAAAUUCUCAAGUCCCUGUACUCUUGAUACUCUAGUAUCACAGAUAAAGUCUUACCUGAAUUUGACCAAUAUUCGUUUAGCCCGUCCAUCCAGCUGGAAGGAAGGACAGCUAGCAUCUUCCCUUGCUGUCUGUGUUGGGUCUGGUGCUAGUGUACUUAGAUGUACAAGACCUGAUGUCUACUUAACUGGUGAAAUGUCUCAUCAUGAAAUCCUUGAAGCUACAGCUAAAGGGAUUGUUGUCAUACUUUGUGAGCAUAGCAAUACUGAGAGAGGAUUUCUACACAUUUUAAAGUCUCUCAUUGAGGAAAAGCUACAACAGUCUACCCCGCUUAAGAUUACAAUAUCAGGAGUGGAUAGAGAUCCAGUAACCAUUGUGUGAUAAUGCUGUUACUGUAGUUUCAAUGUAUUAUAAAAAUACCCUACUUAAUAGCAAUAAAAUUAAUAUUUAAUAGUAGCUAGUCAAAUUCAAGCAUAA